UCCUAUCAGGGAUAGUACUUUGGCAUGAUAACCAUUUGUUCCUCCAUGGUUAUCAGGAAUUGUGUGUACGGCCUGUUAGUUUCAUUAUAUUAAUAUCAAAUGUUUGAUAGUUUAUCGCAGAUGUGAGACACCUUCGUUUAGCAGUUGCUCAUGUGUGCAGGCCCGACGAUGGCCGAAAUCUUUACUUACGCUGGACGCUAACUAUCUCAGCGAAAGGUUGAAUUCAAGAUUUUUACGGUCGGUAGGUGACUAGUUUAUUCGGGUUACUGUUUAACUGUACCUGUGGUAAAAAUCCAAUCACGCUUAUGGUCUGAUGUCCUAUUUUCUAGAGGCUGGUAAGUUAAAUUGGUUACGCUGAGUACCUACCUGGACAACUUGCAUAAAUAACCGUGCAACCUAAUGAACGGUAUAUGUUUAUGUCAUGUGAUAUACACAAGCGAUGGAGAGAAUCUGUGACAAUUAACGUGACUUCCUAGGCUGUGCAACUGCACCAAAAAGCUCUUUAUUUUUGCUGUUGCGUUUGUUUACUACCUAACUCACACGCUACAUGCUAGUAGUCCUAUACAUGAUACAAUGUCUGCUCUGCUAAUUUAGCGACCUAAACUAACCACAGCACAUGUCGCCAUGUGUUCCUAGUGCACUUCACGUUAAUCUUAUGGUGAUUUAAUAUGGUGCUUUCACUCUCAUGUUUUAAUUGUUAAGUAUUGUGAUGUAAGGCCUUCUGUGAAAAGUUUAACUGUUGAGUCUCUGUCUUGCUGUAACGUGAAGGUACGCAGGAGAGGCGCUGUUGUCAAUGUGUUAUCUUUCACACACAGUUGGAUUACUCUGUAACGACUUAAAUGUGGUAGGGACCUAGUUUGUGGCAUUAGCUAAUGCAAUGCUAAUGUUAUGAUCCCCAUUUUCUGUACUCAGAUUUGCAUUAUAAAGAUUGUUGAAAAAGACCCCGUUUCCGUGGAGACAGGCGUUUCCUGUUUGCCCUUGACGUUACCUAGCGUCGGUAAACACAUGCAAGGAUUGCAGCUUGAAAAUUGGCAUUCGUAUCGUGGCCCAAAAUAAGACAUUAAGUGACUGUACGACACUGACUGUGUCUCCCAGCAGAGGUCAUAACCUGCCUGUCGCUGGGGACCCGCUGAUGAACGAAAUCAGCCCCGAUUUAUUAAUGUCUGAUCUUGAUAAUCCAGUAAACCUCUGAUCCACUCAACUCAAUUCUUACGACUAUGGAAGGGGGACCUCGGAAAACCAGAAAAAGGGCACGAAAAAAUACCUUGGCAGACAGAGUUAACUCAGAAACAGUUUCAUCUCAAGCAACAGAGGAAUCAAGUACUCUUCCAGGCUGUGAUUUUACCAUUCACAGCCUGUCCACUCCAUGUCCCUUACAAAGUACUCCAAAAAGAAGCAGGAGACAGACAAAACUGAUACAAGAAGCCUUCCAGACCUCCACACCAGUUCGCAGCUCAUCCACCGACAACCUGUCCAACACCCCCACAUCACCUUCAAGGGCAGAACAAGUAGAGCCAGAGCACACCAAGCUCAUCACAGACUUAAAGACAUCCGAAGGAGAUUCGCCAUGCAGCCAGUCAAACUCUCAGAGCAGAUGUAAGAAGGGUCAGGCUGUCGAGCCAAGACUAGUUAGAAAAACGGCGACAAAGAGAAGAACGCAGACCUGCAGUAGAAGCAAUGGUGUUCCAGCCAAGUGCCGGCCUGCCAAGAAACAAAUUGAGACAGGGAAUUUAGAAACCGACACUACUUAUGAGUCAUCAGAACGUCGUAGACCAAAGUUUGAGCUGGAGAAGCCUGAUGAAAUGGAGCAUGAUGAGUCUUCAGAACUAUCUAUAGAGCUAAGUAAUGAUGCAGACCAGCUGCCAUCGUUGUCCUUCCAGGAAGAUGAGGAAAGUGAUGAAGAGGAGGGGGAGGAGUUACCAAGUUUCUUGAUGCAGGUGGACAAAAAGCCUCCAUCCAUUAGAGAGGGAGUGUUUGUGUGGUACAAAUUUAGAAAUUAUCCAUUCUGGCCUGCAUUGGUAAAGAGUGUCAAUCGUAAGCUGAAAAAAGCCAGCAUCAUGUUCAUUGAUUACCCAAUGAUCCACCAAAAAAAGGGGUUUACUGUGGCUCUGAAAACCCUGAAGCCUUUUGACUGUGAAGGAGCUAAUGAGCUGGUGUCUAAAGCUAAAGAAAACUUUGAUGCUGCAAUCAAUUGGUCCUUGGAGCUGAUAAAAGACUACAGUAUACGGAUUGCAUGCGGCUCAUUUUCUGGCUCUUUCCUCGAGUACUUUGCUCAUGACAUGAGCUACCCAGUGAGGAGGAAGUACCCUCAGGCAGCCUCGGAAAGGCUAACAAUCGGCAGUGAUGCGAUGAUGGAGGAGCCGUGCGAUGAUCAUAAAGAGGACAGCUUUAGUGAAGAGCAGGAAGAGGUCAGCAAAACUUCAAAGAGGCUGCUGCCAGACCGGACCCAUGCUGCCCACAACCGUGCUAAUGAGAAGCUUGUACAUUUCAUCGUCAAGCAGCGCAUGGUGGAGGGACGCCUUCUGGCUGUGAUCCGUGGGCAGCAGCAGUCCAGAUGGCUUCGCUCCUUCCAGAGUGCAAAUCGGAGACGGGUGGUAAACAAACGGGUGGUGAAUAUAUACCUAGAAGAUGACGAGCAGUUGGACCAAGUCUAUUGGUACCUAAAUGACCUCUACACAUCGGCUGUGACCUCUCCCUCCCUGGCUGAGGUGAAAUCUAUGGAGAGUGUCCCUUUUGUCCUGGAUGUGCUUCUUCCUGAGGCCAUCAUCUAUGCCAUAGCUGGGGUGGACAAUGUCUCAGUAAAAAAGGCAGAAGAAAAGUACCUAAGAGGGCGAUGUAUAAGUAACAGAGAAAGACAGGAGUUUGACUUGAUGAUUGAACGGCAGAUGAAGUUAAACUCACAUAAACAGACUACUGCACUAUUUUCUGAUUCUGUCAGUUAGAGGGCUAAGUAAUGUAAAAGAUUAAUUAUUUUCAUAUUUGUUUUUUCAAGAAAGUUUUGUUUAUAGUGGAGUCUGUAUACUGCUUUGGCUUUACAAUCAGGAACGCAGUCCUCUCUGCUUGGCUUUUUUGUAAUGUAAAUACUCAAUCUCAGUAUAAAAUCUGUUUAUAAGAUGACAUAAGCUAUAUAUGAAAUGAGUGCAUUACAUUAAUGAUCAUGACUGUUUGCUGAAAAUAUAUAGAAUGCCAAAUUUCUCACAAAUCGUACAUUUAAUUGUUAGCUUAUGCUUAUGUGGUCAGUACAUUUUUUUUUUUUAAAUCAGCCAAUCCAAACGUAAUGGCUAUCACACACUAAAGGAAGGACAAGUGCCAAAUAAAAAACAGGUUUUUCGAGACACUAUACCCCAGGUGACACAUCGACCCAACAGCACAGCUACUAGGGGGCUCAGGGCAAAAUGAGCAGUUAGGACGCUAAUGCCUGACCUCACUUCCUCCCAAUCUCUGUGCAGUGUGUAUGUACCCUGUCAUCCUCAGGUACCAAGUACAAAGAAGACACAUGAUAACUUCAGUAUUAUUUUGCCCAGAGACCCUGAAGCCAAUAAUACAAGGGGUACCAGGUUCGCUAUUCGGCAGUAACUGUAGUAUGUGCUUAUUUAAUUAAACAUAUUUAUUUGGGAAUGUAUUGUGUAAGCACAAAGUCCAUUGUCGUAAUAGUUAUUAAAACGAUAUAUUGACACACUUCUCCCCAAAAACAUCCAGAUUACAAAGAACAUUUCCUAUUUCCAGUGUUGGGGAAGCUACUUUGCAAGCGUAGCUUGUAAAACUACAUGUAGUUCAGCCUGGCAGUAGUUUGAACAAACUACAUUUCUCCAGGGGUAGAAAUGUAGUUUAGCUUUAGCAACUACUUAUACUCAUUAUACUCAUUUAACUCAGCGUUAAAUAAAUCAACAUGUGGUGUAUAUGAAACAAAAUAUAAUAGCCUACAAAAAUUCACAUGCCAGUAGGGCUGUGCGAUUGCCUCUAAAUUUCAAAUUGUAGAUUGUCAUUGCUCUAGUUUGCCAAUACACGAUUAAAUCGGCAGGGGGGUGCACGUGUCCUUGGCACGUUUUUUGUUAUAAUGACGUUAUUUUUAAUGUUUUGCAUCACAUGUAUGCAAAAAGGAGCGACACCGCUGCGCUCAUAAGCCAGAAACGUGUUGCUCCUCCUCACUUCAAGUCGCUGUCAUUAACUUUUAACCUGCAAAGGCGUCAGUGCCAACACUGUAGGAAUUUAUGAAAGCCCUUGUGUGAACAUUUCAAUAGUUACACAUUAAAACAACAAUUUAUUUGCAAUAACUCUAUUGAACGACCCCGAAGCAUGAGCAAACGGGCUGUCCUAGCC